AUGGUCGAAAGCGGAUGGAAAGAAACAGCUGCAGCGGAAGCAUAUUGCGCCGCGGACGCAAUCUCAACUAUUCAAACAUCCUACAUCCAAGACAAAACGACUAGGGCAGUCGGUAGACCACAGCAUAUCUGUGGCUUCUACUUCUUGCAAAAGCAGAUCUGUAGGGAAACGGAACAGGAUGUUGGAUGGUGA